CCUUCAAACCAAAAAUGUGGAAGAAAGAAGACGGUGUCCUUCAGUAGCAUGCCAUCAGAGAAGAAAAUAAGCAGCGCCAGUGACUGUAUCAGCUUUAUGCAGGCUGGGUGUGAAUUGAAGAAAGUUCGUCCAAAUUCCCGGAUUUAUAACCGUUUUUUUACGCUGGAUCCUGACAUGCAGGCUCUUCGUUGGGAGCCUUCCAAGAAGGACCUCGAGAAAGCCAAGCUUGAUAUUUCUGCUAUAAAAGAAAUCAGACUAGGGAAGAACACAGAAACGUUCAGGAAUAACGGACUUGCAGACCAGAUUUCUGAGGACUGUGCGCUGUCGGUAAUUCAUGGAGAGAACUAUGAGUCCCUUGACUUGGUUGCCAAUUCAGCUGAUGUGGCCAAUAUUUGGGUGUCAGGAUUAAGGUACUUGGUUUCUCGUAGCAAGCAACCCCUGGAUUUGAUGGAGAGCAGCCAUAAUACCCCACGUUUUGCCUGGCUAAAAACUGUAUUUGAAGCAGCAGAUGUUGAUGGUAAUGGCAUAAUGUUAGAAGAUACGUCUGUGGAGCUAAUAAAGAAGCUUAACCCCACCUUAAAGGAAACAAAGAUUAGACUAAAAUUUAAGGAAAUCCAGAAGAGCAAAGAGAAACUGACAACACGAGUAACGAAAGAAGAAUUUUGUGAAGUGUUCAGUGAACUUUGCACAAGACCUGAAGUUUAUUUCUUACUCGUGCAGAUAUCUAAAAACAAAGAAUAUCUAGAUGCCAAUGACCUCAUGCUGUUUUUAGAGGCUGAGCAAGGAGUGACACACAUAACAGAAGAAAUGUGUCUAGAUAUUAUACGCAGGUAUGAGCUUUCUCAAGAAGGGCGUUUGAAAGGUUUUCUUGCAAUUGAUGGAUUUACUCAGUACUUGUUGUCCCCAGAAUGUGAUAUUUUUGACCCAGAGCACAAAAAAAUUGUCCAAGACAUGACACAGCCUUUGUCACAUUACUACAUCAACGCAUCCCACAAUACAUAUCUAAUAGAAGACCAGCUCAGAGGGCCAGCUGAUAUCAAUGGUUAUGUCAGAGCGUUAAAAAUGAGUUGUCGGAGUAUUGAACUAGACGUCUGUGACGGCCCGGAUAAUGAACCCAUUAUUUGUAACCGUAACAACAUGACAUCGCCGCUUGCCUUUCGAAAUGUUAUUGAGGUAAUAAACAAACUGGCCUUCUUUGCUUCAGAAUACCCCCUUAUUCUCUGCUUGGGGAACCACUGCUCAGUACAACAGCAGAAGGUAGUGGUGCAGCACAUGAGAAGGAUCUUUGGAAACAAACUAUACACAGAGGCACCUUUAUCCUCAGAAGUCUACCUCCCAUCACCCGAGAAACUGAAAAUGAAGAUCAUUGUGAAGGGGAAGAAGCUGCCCUGUGAUCAGGAUAUAGUAGAAGGGGAAGUCACAGAUGAAGAUGAAGAGGCUGAAAUAUCCCGGAGACUCUCAGAGGACUUCUCAAGGGAACCAAAGCUGAUCUGGCUCUGCAGGGAAUUGUCCGACUUGGUGUCCCUAUGCAAAUCUGUCCAAUACAAAGACUUUGAGACAUCCAUGAAAGCUCAAAAUUAUUGGGAAAUGUGCUCCUUCAGUGAGGCAGAAGCCAGUCGGAUUGCAAAUGAAUACCCUGAAGAUUUUGUCAACUACAACAAAAAGUUUCUGUCCAGGGUGUACCCGAGUGCUAUGAGGAUAGACUCCAGUAACUUAAAUCCUCAAGAUUUUUGGAAUUGUGGUUGCCAAAUAGUGGCAAUGAACUAUCAGACCCCAGGGCCCAUGAUGGACCUACACACUGGCUGGUUUCUACAGAACGGGGGAUGCGGGUACGUUCUCAGGCCUUCAGUGAUGCGUGACGAGGUAUCUUACUUCAGCGCAAAUACCAAGGGCAUUGUUCCGGGCGUCUCUCCCCAAGUCCUACAUGUCAAAAUAAUCAGUGGUCAGAACUUUCCAAAGCCCAAGGGUGCAUGUGCGAAAGGGGAUGUCAUAGACCCCUAUGUCUGCAUAGAAAUACAUGGGAUUCCUGCAGACUGCACUGAACAAAGAACUAAAACUGUUCAGCAAAACAGUGAUAACCCCAUUUUUGAUGAAAGCUUUGAGUUCCAGAUCAAUCUACCAGAGCUGGCCAUGAUCCGUUUUGUUGUUUUGGAUGAUGACUACAUUGGGGAUGAGUUCAUAGGGCAGUAUACCAUCCCGCUGGAGUGCUUACAGCCUGGCUACAGGCACAUACCGCUGCGGUCUUUUGUUGGUGAUAUCAUGGAGCACGUUACCCUCUUUGUUCACAUUGCAAUAACCAACCGAAGUGGAGGUGGGAAGGCCCAAAAGCGCAGCCUCUCAGUGAGGAUAGGAAAGAAAGCAAGGGAGUACACCAUGCUGAGGAACACUGGUCUCAAGAUUAUCGAUGACAUCUUUAAGCUGGCAGUGCAUCCGCUACGAGAGGCUACUGACAUGAGAGAAAAUAUGCAGAGCGCCAUGGUGUCUGUCAAGGAGCUGUGUGGGCUGCCGCCCAUCGCGAGCCUGAAGCAAUGCAUCCUGACCCUGUCCUCGCGGCUCGUGAGCAGCGACAACGCACCCUCUGUUACCCUCUGCAUGAAGGACGCGUUUCCUUACCUAGAGCCUCUGGGGACCAUGCCCGAUGUGCAGAAAAAGGUGCUGGCAGCGUACGACCUGAUGAUUCAAGAGAGCAGGGUUCUCAUUGAGACGGCAGACAUCACUCACGACAAGAUUGUUCAGUGCCAGAAAGCAGGAAUGGAAUUCCACGAAGAGCUUCAUAACCUCGGGACAAAGGAAGGUUUGAAAGGAAGAAAAUUAAGCAAAGCCAUUGAGAGUUUUGCAUGGAAUAUCACAGUGCUGAAGGGCCAAGGAGAUCUCCUGAAGAAUGCCAAGAACGAAGCCCUGGAGAACAUGAAGCAGAUCCAGCUGGCAUGCCUGUCGUGUGGACUGAGCAAAACUGGAAGUGGGCACGCGGACGCCAAGUCAAAACGGUGCCUGGAGGCAAUACAGGAGAAGGAUACCGGAGAUGAGAACGGGAGACUGUGA